AGUGCCAUUGACUCCAAGCGAUCUCGGAGGAUCUAGUAGUGCAGAUCAAGGCCUGCGUAAAGACUGCAUGCAGCGUUGAUCAAAUCAGGAUCUGCUGGGACUGAGCAAACUGAGCUUGUGAAUCCCUUGAAGCUUGCCCUGGGAAUGGACAGCUACCUCCGUUUCUGGAGGAGAGUAGAACCUAGUGAAGAAGCCUUCAAGGCAAGGCGACGAGUGCGCUGAUACUCUCUGAAGAGCCAAGGGAAAGGGCGACCUUCCAGGCCAACAGCCAUGCCUUUCGGGCUGAAGCUGCGACGGACCAGGCGCUACAACGUCUUGAGCAAGAACUGCUUUGUGACACGGAUCCGUCUGCUGGACAGCAAUGUGAUCGAGUGCACCCUCUCUGUGGAGAGCACGGGGCAGGAGUGCUUGGAAGCUGUCGCUCAGAGGCUGGAAUUACGAGAGACGCACUACUUUGGCCUUUGGUUUCUCAGCAAGAGCCAGCAAGCCCGAUGGGUGGAACUGGAAAAACCUCUGAAGAAGCAGCUGGACAAAUUUGCCAAUGAGCCUUUGCUUUUCUUUGGGGUAAUGUUCUAUGUGCCCAGUGUUUCCCGACUGCAGCAGGAGGUAACAAGGUAUCAGUAUUACCUACAAGUGAAGAAGAAUGUUCUUGAUGGCCGAUUACGUUCUUCGCUGGAGCAGGGAAUUCGGCUAGCUGGUUUGGCAGUGCAAGCGGAUUUUGGAGACUAUAAUCAGUUUGAAUCUCAUGACUUCCUCCGAGAAUAUGUCUUGUUUCCUAUGGACUGGACCCAGGAUGAAGCUGUCCUGGAGGAGCUGACUCAAAAGGUUGCUCAGGAACACCGAACUCACAGUGGCAUUACAGCAGCAGAAGCUGAGCUGAUGUACAUCCAUGAGGUGGAGCGCCUGGAUGGGUUUGGGCAGGAGAGUUUCCCUGUGAAGGAUAAUCAUGGAAAUGACAUACACCUCGGUAUUUUCUUCAUGGGCAUCUUCAUAAAAAACAGAAUUGGAAGGACAACUGUGAUCUAUAGGUGGAAUGACAUUGGGAAUAUAGCACAUAACAAGUCUUCAAUUGUUCUAGAGUUGAUCAACAAAGAAGAGAAUGUGCUCUUUCACACAGAUGAUCUUGAAAAUGCCAAAUAUAUUUCACGACUGUUUGCAGCAAGACAUAAGUUUUACAAACAGAACAAAAUCUGCACAGAACAAUCAAGUUCUCCUCCCCCUAUCAGACGGCGGCCCACUUGGAGUAGGUCAUCCUUGCCAAGACAACACCCAUUUAUACUGCCUCCUAUGCAUGUCCAGUGUGGAGAGCACUACACUGAAACACAUAAUUCACAAGACAGCAUUUUCCAUGGAAAUGAAGAAACUUUCUACGGUAGGUCUCAGACCAGUCUGGACAGGUGUCCAAUGGACUUCAGCUACCUGAAUGGUAAUGGACCCAAUGGAAGUGUAUGCAGCACCCACAGCAUGAACUCCCUUAAUCGCUCACAGAACUUCAUUCAGGCAUCUCCGAUGUCCUCCAACCUGAGCAUCCCUGGAAGCGACAUCAUGAGAGCUGAUUAUAUCCCCAGCCACAGACAUAGUGCAAUCAUAGUACCAUCUUACCGGCCAACUCCAGAUUAUGAAACUGUCAUGAGGCAAAUGAAGAGAGGGGUGAUCCAGAUGGAUAGCCAAAGUCAGUCUUUGAGGAAUCUCAAUAUUGGAAACACACAUGCUUACAACCAGCCGGAAGACCUAGUUUACAGUCAGCCUGAGAUUCGAGAGAGACAUCCUUACGCUAUGACUUAUGGGCCCCAGGGUGGUGGCUAUAACAAACCUGUUGCCCCCUCUGACCAAAUGAACCCUAAUAACACUGUGCAAAAUAAGACAGCAGCCAGUGCCAUCUCACACACUGUUAGCACACCGGAACUGGCUAAUAUGCAGCUGCAAAGCAGCCAGAAUUACAACACUGCUCAUAUGUUAAAAAAUUAUCUGUUCAGACCCCCGCCUCCAUAUCCACGCCCACGUCCUGCCACCAGCACCCCUGACCUGGCCAGCCACCGGCACAAAUACGUCAGUGGGAGCAGUCCUGACCUGGUCACUCGGAAGGUCCAACUCUCAGUAAAGACGUUCCAAGAGGACAGCUCACCGGUCGUCCGCCAGUCGCUGCAGGAGGUCAGCGAGCCCCUCAUGGCAGUGAAGCAUCAUGCAGCUGUGAACAAGCGCCAUAGCUUGGAGGUCAUCAGCAACAUGGUACGUGGUAUAGAAGCCAUGGCAUUAAAAACUUUAAAUGCCCCUCUGCCACGCAGGAAUACUUUGCGAGAGCAGGUGCAGCCAGAAGAGGCAGUUCAGAUUUAUCAUCAUAAAAAGACAUUCUCCGAUGCCACAAUGCUAAUACAUAGCAGCGAAAGCGAAGAGGAAGAAGAAACUGCAGAAGCUGUGUCACAGAUAACAGCCCUUCAUGAGAACAUGGAAUAUAGCGCUCAGUUACAAGCUGCCUUGGCUAGAAUACCAAAUAAACCUCCUCCAGAAUAUCCUGGGCCUCGUAAAAGUGUCAGCAACGGAGCUCUGAGGCAGGACCACGUUAGCGUUUCUGUGGCUGUUGCCAGGGCCAAGGCCAUGAGGCCGGGGCCGUCCAAGGCCAUUAGUGUAUCUCGAACUGAUCAAAUGGCUAUAAACGGGUCUUCGCUUGGGCCCUCUAUCUCAGAGCCUGACCUCACAAGCGUGAAGGAGAGGGUCAAGAAAGAGCCUGUCAAGGAAAGGCCCGUGUCUGAGAUGUUUUCUAUUGAAGACAGCAUUAUAGAAAGAGAAAUCAUGAUGAGGAAUCUAGAAAAGCAGAAGAUGGCAGGCCUGGAGGCCCAGAAGAGGCCCUUGAUGUUGGCAGCGCUGAACGGGCUCUCGGUUGCUAGGGUUCCCGUGCCGGAGGACAGCCAGGAUGAAGUAGCCAAGGUGCCAAUGGAUGAGAGGUGCAAAAUCUUGAAGAGGAAGUUGGAAGAGGGGAUGGUGUUUACAGAAUACGAGCAGAUUCCAAAGAAAAAGGCAGAUGGGAUCUUCACCACUGCUGCCUUGCCUGAAAACACUGAGCGCAACCGUAUCAGGGAGGUUGUUCCUUAUGAAGAGAACAGAGUCGAGCUGGUGCCAACCAAAGAAAAUAAUACAGGCUACAUCAAUGCUUCGCACAUAAAGGUUACAGUAGGUGGGGAAGAGUGGCACUACAUUGCCACCCAAGGACCUCUGCCACACACGUGCCACGACUUCUGGCAGAUGGUGUGGGAACAGGGGGUGAAUGUGAUAGCCAUGGUCACAGCUGAAGAGGAGGGAGGAAGAAGUAAGAGUCAUCGUUACUGGCCUAAACUGGGCUCUAAGCACAGCUCAGCCACUUAUGGGAAGUUCAAGGUGACGACCAAGUUCCGCACCGACUCCGGCUGCUAUGCGACCACGGGUCUGAAGGUCAAGCACCUCCUGUCUGGACAGGAGAGGACUGUGUGGCACUUGCAGUAUACCGACUGGCCAGACCUUGGAUGUCCAGAAGAAGUCCAAGGCUUUUUAUCUUAUUUGGAGGAGAUACAGUCGGUGCGUCGCCAUACCAACAGUGUGUUGGACAGCAGCAACAACUGCAACCCUCCUAUCGUGGUUCACUGCAGUGCAGGGGUAGGAAGGACCGGCGUGGUUAUCCUAACAGAACUGAUGAUUGGGUGCUUGGAGCAUAAUGAAAAAGUGGAUGUGCCUGUGAUGCUGAGACACCUGCGGGAGCAGAGAAUGUUUAUGAUCCAGACCAUAGCCCAGUACAAAUUUGUCUAUCAAGUGCUCAUCCAGUUCCUGCAAAACUCCAGACUUAUUUAAUCUCUUUAAAGAUCCCAGACACAGCUUUCUGGAUUUGACUGAACCUUGCUGAUAAGAGGGGGAACUGCCUUGACAAUGUUGUGUGCAUAUAUUGUACUUACUCAAGUUGUCCUGAAAGUAAGCAGUGAUUGUUCUUUACUAGCGUCUCCCAUGGAUUAUUUUAUACAAGAUAUAAUUUAUUUUUCUUGGAAUAACUUGUGAAUUACUUUAAUAACUUGUGAAACUUACGGUAACUUUUGAACUGAACCACAUUUGACAUGACUGAUCUGCAUUGUAACAUGUUCAUAGGGAAAGCAAUCCUUUCUAAAGGUUUAAUAUACUGGCUUUUAGCUUGCUACGUGGUUUAUGAAAUGAACAGUUCUAGGCUUUUUCUCAGAUAAGAAUAUUGUGUAGUCAAAUAUGUGGCUUCCAUGGUAAAAGUGAGACCUGCUAGAUGUCAGCUAGGGUUCUGUAAGAAAGAGGAGAGUCUGAGGACGCAAAAUCCUACGGUACGGAGACCCAUGCCUCUGCAUGAGCAGCAGGGAGAGUUACAGAGGGCUCAAACACAGGUGGUUGUGAGAGCAGAGCGCUCUGGGUGCUAAACUGUUCAAAUUUCCCAGAAAUUACAGUUUCAGUUUAGUCCUUGAAAGAAGCAAUACUGAAUCUUUAAACAAGGCCUUUACUAUCCUUUGGAGGGAGUCUUAAGAAAUGAAGUGUUAGAAAUUGUGAAAAAAAAAAAAAAAGUGUUAGAAACAACCCAGAAUAAGAUGAGGUCAAUCAGUGAGUCUUUCCUGUAACUGUAGUGGGCUGUGGAUUGAACAGCAGAGGGAUUUCAGCUUAAAUAACGCCCCCACCCCACCCCAACACUUUAGUAAAUUGUGGUGGAAUUCCCACGCUGUUAUUUCUGGUGUAAAAGAUGGAAAGAAAAGUCCCUGCACUGAGGCUACUCCCUCCUCACGCGACUCCCCCAGUGAUGGUUCUCAUCUCCGUAUGCUGCCAUCCUGCCAGCAGUCCUGCUCUUGGCUGAACCUGCUCAGACUCAGUAGUCCUGUAGGAUCGCUAGAGAACGAACCAGGCUGGAAAGGAGCCCUGGAGGUCUCUGAUCCCAGCCCUGCUCACAGCAGGGCUAACUUCAAAGUUGGAUCGGGCUGCCCAAGGCUGUGUCCACUCGAGUUUCAGAAAUCUGCAAGGGUGGAGGUUCCACAGCUUCACUGAGCCCCUGUAACAGUCAGUGCUUAGCUAUUGUUGUGGUGAAAUUAUUUCUCCUGGUAUCCCUUUCCCAGGAAAAUUUAAUCUUUUAGUUCCUCAUUCCUUUUGCUUAGCAUGCCUACCUGCUAAACCCUGGCCCUCUAUCCUCAUCUCUGUCCCCUUCCUCUCUGGCAGCUAGUCCCAUCCAACCGUCUUUUCUCUCCUUUUUGGGGAUCCCCACUCCCCCCCGAUUCCUAAACAUUUUUGUCCUCCUUCUGCCUCUAGUUUUGCAUCCCCUUAAUGACCCCUUGGCUGAUGGCUUCUGUCUUUGUACUGUCUCUAUAGCCUGUGCAGAUGAACAGUCUGAUGUCCUGGUUUUGUUAUCUCCCAAUUUCCUACUGUUUUUCUCUUUGCUGGAUGAGAGUGUUUACUUCUUCUGAGCAUACAGCUGUUACGCCACAGCAUUAUGGGAAAUCCAGUCAUUAGCCUUUCUGCAAAGAAAAGCUUCAGCAGUAACAGAUGGGAUAGGUCAAGUAAAGUAUUGUUGGAGCCUGUGGACCAGGAGUUCCCGAACUCCCAAACAAGUCACAGGAUCACAGAAUUGUUGGAAUUGGAAGGGACCUCUGGAGAUCACCUAGUCCAACUCUCUUGCUCAAGCAGGCUCACCUGGUGCAGGUUGCCUGGGACUGUGUUCAGUCAGGUUUUGAAUAUUUCUAAGGAUGGAGACUCCACAGCCUUUCUGGGCAACCUGUUCCAAUGUUCAGCCACCUUCACAGUGAAGUGUUUUCUUCACUUCAGUUUGUCCCUGUUGCCUCUUGUCCUGUGCCUGGGCACAACAGAGAAGAGUCUGGCUCUGGCUUCUUUACACUCUCCCAUCACUUAAUUCUACAUGUUUAUGAGAUCCUCCCUGAUCCUUCUCUCCUCCAGGCUGAAGAGUCCCAGCUCUCUCAGCCUUUUCUCAUAUGAGGGAUGCUCUGGUUCCUUAA